AUGGCCAUCAACGAAAAAGAUGGGUUCAUGAGGGCCCUGGACGGCUUCCGAACGACCCUCACGCCGGAGCAGCAGAAAGACUUCUCUUUCAACAACCUUCAGGAUGUCGAGGCCAGGAUUAAGAGCAUCCAGGAUCGAUACGGCCCCGAGAAGAAACUUCGGAACAUGAGGCGGCUCUCCAAGUUUCUGGCCGGAAUGAAACAAGUCGAAGAACUUGUCACCAUCUUUCUCAACGUCCAUGAAGUCGUGGCUUUUGUUUGGGGCCCCAUCAAAUUCGCAUUGAUGAUCGCGAGCAACCGCCUUGAAACCCUCGAGUUAUUGCUUGAUACAUAUGUCGAAAUCGGAGAAGUCAUCCCUAGCCUGCGCCAGUACGAACAGAUGUUUAAGAACUAUCCCUAUCUCAGAGAGGUUCUUGAGCGCUGUUUUCAUGAUAUCCUUGAAUUUCACAAAGAAGCUCUCGAAGUGUUUUCAAGGACAGGUUGGAAGAGAUACUUCGAUUGUGCCUGGAACACGUUCAAGACACGCUGCAAGCCCAUCAUCGACAGUCUCAAGCGUCACAGAACUCUUUUGUCUGACGAGAAGCUCACUGCUGCUGUCGUCGAAGUUCAAGAAGGUCGUCGUGAGACUCAAGACUUUCGCGAUAUGGUGGAGACAAGAUUCAGCAACAUUUCGAGGCAACUUGAAGCAGACUUAGAGAAGAGGUCUAGAAAAGAGAUGGAGGAGAGGAAAGAUACCCUCUCGCAGGCACGACGCACCAUCUCCUCACAGCUCUCCCCAGGAAACUACGAAGAUGAUCAGCGAUCUGCUUUCUCUCAGUUUUUCUCAUCUCCUUCGGGAGACUGGGUACUCCACGAACCAAGAUUCAAAAAGUGGCUUCAAUCUUCCAACGGCCAGGUGCUCUACCUUCAUGGGAUGCCGGGAGCAGGCAAAACCACUUUGACUUCACGUGUUGUCAACUACUUGCAGUCUCGAAAAGACACGCUGAAGGGACCAAUUCUCUACUUUUAUUUCAAAAGCCUUCAAGAGGACAAGAGGUCAAUGGGCGGCAUGCUUCGCGCCCUUCUCAAGCAGCUCAUUCAUCAAGAAGAUAGUGCUGUUGACUAUAUGCGUGAAUGGUUGUCUUCGGCGAGCGAAUCUGACUUGACAUCUCUUCCUGUGCUGCAAGAGUUGGUGCAAGAUUGUCUUGCUACUCAACAAGGAGGAACCAUCGUCCUAGAUGGACUUGAUGAGUGUCAAGAUGAACGGGGUACUUGCCAAGAGCCUCGGAUGAUUAUUGAUUGGAUUCAAAAUAACCUGAUCUCGGAGGCUCGCUUGCAGGGCUACCCUAUCCGAGUCUUGGUGUCUAGCCAACAUGUCGACUUUCUCGAAAAGGAGUUGACCGAACACCCCAGCAUCAGGUUGGACCAAGAUGCGGGACAUCUUCACAACAUCCAGGCAUAUGCCAAGUCCAAGGUGUCCAGGAUCCAAGAGAGGUUCUUCCUGACAGACUCUAAGCGGGAUAGCAUUGUUGAGAAAGUGACUGCUUCAUCAAAUGGCUUUUUCCUAUAUGCAAGGGUUGUGCUGGAUAAUCUCAUGGAACAAGGUUCUCAGAGCGAACUCGACGAAGAACUUGAUACACAAAAUUUCCCAGAGGAUCUUGAAGCUGCCUAUGAACGUGUUGUCAUUCGCGUUCUUGAUCAUGGAAGCAGGUCCAAAAAGGCAGCCGCAUCGAAAAUUCUUGGUUGGAUGACAUGUGCAGCCAGACCGCUACACUGGAGAGAGAUUCAAUCUCUGUUUUGCAUUGACCCAGAGCGUGGGGAAUGCAUUCCUGGACGCCGACGCGUGGACAGCUGCAAGGCUCUUUGCAGCUCGCUUGUCGAAGAAGACCUACCCGAUGAAGCGGAAGGGGAAGUACGAGAGCCAGUUGUAAGGCUUGUCCAUCACACUGCAGGAGGUUAUCUUGUCCAUACGGGACGUAUCAAUCUCCUAGACACACAUGCCAGAAUGGCACUAUUCUGCUCGCAGUAUCUGGCAUCCCAACCAUUUCAAGAUGGGCCACGAGCCGAAACUAUCCAAGAAUUCGCAAAAACCGGGUAUUACGGCUUUCUGGAUUAUGCCGUGACAUCAUGGACUCAUCAUCUUGCCCUCGUUUCCAAAGAUUCAUCUUCACUCCAAGCCGACACCCUUUCCAAUCUCAUUUCUCGGAUAACACGCACCCUUGAAUCUUACGAGAUUCCCUACCACGGAUCAUCUGAGGAUGAGGUGACUAUGCAGAGCCUUGAAGAAAUGCUCAAGGCGUGCCUCGUCAACGAUAGGAAGUGCCCAUUUGAGAGCCGAAUUUCAACCAUCCGGAACGCUAUGGAAUCCAUUCGCCUUUCAGACCUGGACGACAACGCAAGAUCCAUCUUUCUCGGGCUCAAUGGGGUGUUUUGCUUCAAAUGCCCGAAACGAAACUGUCAAAACUUUAGAAUUGGGUUUUCAAGUUGGAAGAACCGAGAUGACCACGUCAAGCUCCAUGAGAGGCCUUUCAGGUGCUCCAAUGGAGGCUGCUAUCGUGCUAUGAUUGGCUUUCCUUCUCAAUCUGAUCUUCAGAGUCAUACCCGACGAUGUCAUCCUAUGCCCGAGCCCUCGGCCUUAUUUUCGAACCCAAGGGCAACUAGGCCACGGGAUAUAUUUGAUGCUUGUAUCAAAGGAGACUUGGAGCAAGUAAAAGCUUUUCUUGAGCAAGGGGUCGAUGCCAAUGCACCAAGCAGGCCCAAAGGCAGAUGGACACCUUUUCGGUUGGCAGCGAAACACGGACAACACCACAUUUGCCAGUUCCUGGUUGAGACAGGGGCUCAGAAAGCCUUUGAGCUCAGAGAUGGCUCGGCUUUGGAAUAUGCCAUCCAAACACAUGACGAUGAGCUUAUUUGGCUGGUUAUCCGUGCUGCUAGUGAUCAAAUGAAAACAAGGUUUAUUGAGAGUGGGGAACUCGGUCCCACAAUUUCGCGUUUUCUUGGACCUUACAUCAAUAGUAAAUCGCCAGAAGCACUUCAGGCUCUUCUCUCCCUGUGCGACCCGAUCUCAGUUGACGAUUUGCCGGACAACUUGAAACCAGAUAAGUUGCUCUAUGAAAUCGUUGCCAGGACAGGGCUGGUUUCACAAUUUGAGGUCGCUCUGAACUGGGCUCUGUCAAAGAGUCACUUCCACGACCUCACACUCGGCAUGACAGAUGCCGCGCGGCCAGAAUGUAAUUCGACAGCCGCGAAACGCUAUGCGCUGCUCACAAGGAGAUACGAGAAUCACGAUUCUCUCCUACAUGUUGCGAGCAGAUCGAAAACGGUCUCCAUCACGCGCCAUCUGCUGCAUCAAUUGAAGCAGCUAGAUAUCACUGCAACAAACGACAUUGGCAACACACGCUUGCAUGAACUCGCCAGUGCAACAUGGACCAUCUCGAAGACAUAUGUACAAGACAUCGCCAAACUCCUAGUCGAGGCAGACAAUGGUGCCGCUGCAAAUAUGAAAAACAAUUAUGGCCUGUUACCGAUCCACCUUGCCUGUGAGAGCGAUCAAGAGAAAACAAUUAUGGUUCUUGCCAGCCAUACCAAUGAUCUCGACUCAAAGGACUCAAAGGGUAACACUGUGCUCAUGGACGCCGUGAAGAAAAAGAUGACCCAAGCAGUCGAGGCACUUCUUGAGACAAAACGCGUAGAUGUUUGCAGACGGAAUCGCAAUGGGGAGACAGCCUCCGAUUUGGCACUCCAACGAGAAGAUGUGGGCAUACUCCAAUUAUUGCACUCUUCUUACCAGGCGUCGCCAUUCGGUCGACCAGGCUUGAGCGACCUUUUCGGGAAAAGCCAUCUUGAAUCUUACUUGUACUCUCAACGUAAGGAGCUAUGGGCGCAGCUUGAGAAGAUAUUGGGCCCUGGCAUGUUCGACACAUGGCUUCAACUUGAAGUAUCAGAUCAGAAUUCAGAGCCUAUCUCCGCCAAGACCGUCCUCCGAUUCCUGUCACUUGGGCGAAUCGUCACAGCAAAAACUUUGUUGUCGUCCGGGAAGGUUUUUUGCUCCGAUGAUGAGGCGGAUGAUCUGUGGGAGUUGGUCAGGGAAAACGAGGAUGACGAGCUUCGGGCAUUGGUGCUUCUCCAAGGGCAAAAGGCCCAAGAUGUUUGGAAUGAGCAGCUUCCUACCGUGAAGAAGCUCUUAGAGAAUGGUUCCCUUGCUCCCCAUUUGCUAGGGUUUUUGGAGAAUGAUUGGUACGCUCGUCGAGUCCUCACCAACCAAGCCGAAGUCCAGGACGAUGUGGAGCUUGUGGGAUUACUUGGCAGAACGACUAGUUAA